GGCGGGCGGGGAGUUUUCCGGAGCAGAACAAGCUCAUCUUACCCCCACCCCCUUUCUCCACUCCCGGGGCGCUUCUCCAACCGGUGCCGGGGACACAGAGCCCUGCUCACCCCGGGACCGAUCCCCUGGGUUUCUGCGGGAUAUACCGACCAGGAACCGGCUAUUCGGCCCAACGAGUCCGUGCCAGCAUCAGCCCCGAGACGCUUCGGGCCGAGACCUUUCAUCAGAUCCUAAUGAAGGGACUUGAUGAAGGGUUUCGCCCAAAAUGUCGACUGUUUAAUCCCCGUCAUAGACGCUGCCUGACCUGCUGAGUUUCUCCAGCAUCUUGUGUGUGUUGCUCUGGAUUUCCAGCAUCUGCAGAAUAUCCUGUGUUUUCGAUCAGCCCUUCUUCCAUCUAAUGAGGAGACAGAAACUCACUCCAGAACUACCGUGGGGGACCACCCGGGGUCUCCCUAAGCCAACUGCCCCACGCCCAAACUCCCUUCAUCUUGCCUGAACCCCCGUCCCUCCAAGGUCUCAAUUGUCCCAUCCCACACCGGGGGCUGCGUUAUUUCCCUCCCUCCUUGGCCAUGAGUCCCCGAGUCCAAGGUGUGGGGCUGGUGUCGCCAGCUCCUGUGUGAGCGCCUGGGGUAAAGCAGUGCCGGAGAAAGCACCCGGCAGGAGGCGAUGGCCAAACUCGUCCAGGCCCGGACCAAGUUCCUGCCUCAGGAGUGGAACUUCUCCAACAAGAGCCGUUACAACGAUGCGGAGGUCCAGCGGUCGCGCUCGGAGCGCCUGGUCUUGGAGAGCGAGAGGCUGGUGGAUCAGAUCGAGAGCUCCACCAAGAAAACGCAGCGGGACGUCAACAAAAAGCUCGACCAGAGAAUCGAGGAGGUCACCUUCUGGGAACGGGAGCUGGACAGCAAGCUGGAGGAGCUCUCCAACGCGACUGAGCUGCUGCUGGCCCAGAAGACACGGCUGGAGAAAGCCCUGGACAGCUGCUCGGCCCCUCUCUGCAUCGUGCAGCAGUGUCUCCUGAACCGGGAAAAGCGAGUGGGGAUCGACUUGGUCCAUGACGAGGUGGAACGGGAGCUGCUGAAGGAGGCGGAGGUUUUCCAGGGGGUCAUCGCCCUGCUGAAGCGCACGGCUGAGCAGACCGAGGAACAGCUCAGGUUAAACCGAAUGGCUAAGUUUUACCUGGAGAAGGAUUUGCAAGACAAGGCCACUGCCCUGAAGGUGGACAAGUUCACCGCUAAUCUCACCAACAACUCCCCAGACAUCGACUACUGGUCCAAUGUCAUCAGGACUGAGGGAAGCUCCGUCAGCCCUGAGGAGUGGCAGGAUUUCACCAACAGCAACAUCGUCAAUGCAGACAAGCAGAAAAAUAACUCCACCACCAUGUGCGCCCUCGUCGACAGCAUCUUAUCAGAAACCACUGGCGACAUGCUGAAGCAGGUGGAGAGUGGGAACCGAGCUUUUCGUCGUCGCGUUCAGGAAACGAAAGAUGCUAAAUCGAAACUGGAGAAACAGCUCAGCAAGGUCAUGGAUGAGAUCUGUUCUCAGGAGAAGAACAUCGAGCUGCUGAGGAAGACGAUCAUGGACAAGGAGGGCCCCCUGAAGGUGGCAGAGACCCGCCUGGAAACCAGGACCAAGAGGCCCAAUGUGGAGCUCGUGCGAGACCUGGCCCAGCACCGCCUCGUCAGUGAGGUGCAGGAGAUCACGAGUAAUGUGCAGCGGUUGCGGACAACGCUGGCACAAGCAAAGGCUGAACUACGGGGACUGCGUCGCAAUCAGCUGGCCCUGGAAGAAGAGAUUGAAAUCAAGAGUAACUCUCUUUACAUCGAUGAUGUUCAAUGCAUGAACCUCAGGAACUCCAUCUCCAUCAAUUACUUCUAGAGCAGCACCCCAUCCCCCCAGCGUGGAGAUACGACGGUGUGUACAAACAGAACUAUAACACCAACAGCAGCACCUUUAUUUUAUGCCUUUGUCAGUUUCCUACGCACUUCCCAAAGUAUCUGAACCUUGCCAUCAACAACGCCUUUUCUAAUAAACUACUUGAGAAUUAUUUGUCAUUUUAUCGGCAGUUUUAAAUACAUUUCGUUAUUCAGGGAUUAGAAAUUUGCUUUUUUUAAAAAAAAUCACAAACACACAGUGAAAUGUGUUGCUUCAGUCAACAAUCACAGUCCGAGGAUGCGCUGGGGGCGUUUCUGGUGUCAACAUAGCAAGCCCACAACUUGCUGACUCUAACCUGUACGUCCUUGGACUGUAGGAGAGAACCAGAGCACCCGGAGAACGUUCAAACUCCUUACAGAGCACCCAGAGGAGAACGUUCAAACUCCUUACAGAGCACCCAGAGAACGUUCAAACUCCUUACAGAGCACCCAGAGGAGAACGUUCAAACUCCUUACAGAGCACCCAGAGGAGAACGUACAAACUCCUUACAGAGCACCCAGAGAACGUUCAAAC